AUGCAGACACCACAGUCAGCACAUACACUCACAGCAUGAACCGCUCAGCUGAGCUGUCUCUUUCAGAGGAAAUGGCCCCUGAGGAGUUUGAUGGUGGGACAGCAGUGGCUUGUGUGAUCCUGGGUCUAUCCUUCCUGGUUGGAGCUCCGGGGAACCUGCUGGUGAUCUGGACUAUCCUGAGACAUGUUAAGCAGCGCUCCCACACUGUGAUCCUCAUCCUGCACCUGGCUGCUGCAGACCUGCUUGUCCUCAUCACCCUGCCUGUGUGGAUCUACUCCCUCGCCCACUCCUGGGUGUUUGGCGAGGCCACCUGCAAAGCCAUGGUGUUCAUGAUCAAUGUCUGUAUGUAUAGCAGCGUGUUCCUCAUCACCCUCAUGAGCGUGGAGCGUUUUGUGGCUGUGCGUUAUCCCUUCAUCUCAUUGGACUGGAAGAGAAAACAAGCUCUGAAUAAAGUACUGCUGGCUCUGUGGACUGCAGCUUUCUUGUUCAGCAUACCCGUCAUCCCAACUCAGGUUGUUGGGGAGGAUUCUGAUGGGGAGCACUGUCUGUAUCGCCUGUACACCUCAGUGGCCCAGGAGCUGGUGUGUGUGCUGCUGGAGACACUGGUGGGCUACAUAAUACCCUUCUCCAUCCUUGUGGUCUGCUAUGGGUGUCUGUGCAGCCGGAUUACUCAGAUGACCUUCAAGUCCAAACGCAAGUCCACCGUCUUGAUUGCCAGUGUAGUGGUUGCGUUUGGCAUUUGCUGGACCCCUUAUCACAUAGGAAAUAUCCUUUCGCUCAUCAUCCUGGCCAUUCAGGACUCCUUUCAUGAUGCAGCUCAGAAUAUGGAAAGUGUCAGAAGCACCAUGGCUUUCAUCGCUGGAGCAAUGGUCUUUAUCAGCAGCACGGUUAACCCCAUUCUCUACAUGUUUGCGGCUCGCUCUUUCAGGAGUUCCCUCCGAGACACUGGCAUUCAGAAGCUCUUCCGCCACAUCUCCAGCACCUCUCCAGGUGAGGGAAACAGAGAGAUGUCUUUUGUGUCCAAGAGACAGAGCAACCAGACCAACAGCUCCCUUUGCGUGUCUGAACCAAAAGACCAAAUGAACAUACUAAUAAAAAUGUGCGAAAACAAUCCAUCCUGACAUUGAAAUCGUUCGGGCUCGUGCCUGCAGUCCGUGUGUCUGUGUAGAUAUCUCUUUGUAUGUUGUACUCAUUUUCAAAAUGAAAGAAGUUUUGCCUGAAAUGAAGCUAAUUUUGUAUGAAAUUACAGCAGAUGAACAAGAUAUCUGAGUUUAGCUAUGCAAUGCUUGUCCAACUUUGUAAAUUUGAACUAUUUUACAUGUUUUUUUUAAUUGUGAAUAUAUAUUUAUAAAAUGUUAAAUAUUAUGUAUGUUAUGCCUUUUUCUUUCUGUUCUUUACAGUUUAUACCAUUUAGCAUUCAAAAAUGAAACAAUAAGUCAUUAGAUAUGAAAAAGACUCAGUGUGAUGUUUAUGCAAAAAUAAAGUUUAAAUGUUCUGUUUUC